AACAGUUGAAUGUUUCGAUGAUUUUAGAUUAAAUUAUAAUAUAAUAAGUGGAUUUGUGAAUAAAUUGUGAAUAAUGUUGAUUAAAUGUUACUCUGUAUUCGGCUGACAGGAGGUCAAUUGGGAAAGUCAGGGAGGCCAGACGCGUGUAAUCGAUGCUAGAUAACGUGAGAAUGGCAGUCAUGGCGCUGAUCAGCAGGAGCUGUGGCGCUGUUAGUCGUUUGUCCUGUAAUCAGAUUUUAUUAUCUCCUAGAUGUUUUGAAGCUUCUCACGUCUGUGUGAGUCGACUGAGCAACGCAGCCAGCACAUCACACACACCACGGGACAGAAAGAAAGAGAUUAAAGAGGACGGACUGAAACUGCAGGACUUUAUAUCAGGGGAUCUGUCAGAAAAGAGCAAAUGGGAGGAAUACAGGGGCAACCUGAAGCGACAAAAAGGGGAACGGCUCAGGUUACCACCGUGGCUAAAGACCGAGAUUCCUAUUGGGAAAAACUACAACAGACUGAAGAACACACUCAGAGACCUGAAGCUACACACUGUGUGUGAGGAGGCCAGAUGUCCGAACAUUGGCGAGUGUUGGGGAGGUGGAGAGUACGCUACUGCCACAGCAACCAUCAUGUUGAUGGGGGACACGUGCACACGUGGCUGCAGGUUUUGUUCGGUAAAGACGGCGAGAACGCCGCCUCCUCUCGACCCGGAUGAGCCUUAUAACACAGCUAAAGCUAUUGCUGCAUGGGGACUCGACUAUGUAGUGCUCACUUCAGUGGACAGAGAUGACCUCGCUGAUGGAGGUGCAGAACACUUUGCAAAGACCGUGUCUCAUCUCAAGGCGAGGAACGCUAAAAUCCUGGUGGAGUGUUUGACCCCUGAUUUUCGUGGUGACCUCUUGGCAGUGGAGAAAGUCGCUCUGUCUGGUCUGGAUGUUUACGCUCACAACGUAGAGACCGUGAGAGAACUGCAAAGGUAUGCGCGUGACCCCCGAGCGAACUUUGACCAGUCGCUUGCUGUGCUGCGCCACGCUAAGAGUGUCAAACCGAGCGUACUCACCAAAACCUCGAUUAUGCUCGGGCUUGGUGAAACAGACGCACAGAUACACUCUACUCUGAAAGAGUUGAGGGACUCGGGUGUGGACUGUUUGACUCUUGGCCAGUACAUGCAACCAACAAAACGACAUCUGAAGGUCGAGGAGUACAUCACCCCGGAGAAGUUUGCUCACUGGGAGAAGGUGGGGCAGGAAAUGGGGUUUGUUUACACAGCGAGUGGUCCCCUAGUGCGCUCGUCUUAUAAAGCAGGUGAGUUCUUCCUAAAGAACCUGCUGACAAAGAGGAAGAUGGAAGGAACAGUGGAAUAAUGAUGGACAUCAUGAACCUGGAUCCUUUCCCAUCUUGUAUUCCUUCAUGCAAUGAAUCAUAGAACUACAGAAAACAUUUAUUUUAAUCCACCUUAAAACAAAUCUGGUUAGAUUUCUAAAGUUAGUGUGAUGGAUUGUGGGUAAUGAAGUCUUCUGGUAUGUGGAAGAGAGAGGACGAAAGACAAUCCAUACAUGUGUGUGGGCUUUAUUAUUGCGAAAGAGAGGACUUCAGAAUGCAUGACUUGUUUGGGUGGUGAAGCUACACCCAAACAGUCACUGUGUAAUUUUAUCGAGUGAGACAUUGCAUACUGUGGAAAUUUGAAUCAGAAUUAAACAAGAACUGUACAGUGUAAUAAAAUAAUUUUGAAGCA